AGCUUAUACAUGUAAUUAGGAAGAUGUCUGAAGACGGGUAACUUUGAAGCUUGUACCUUUCAUGUAUAGAGUACAUAAAAAAGGUACAUGGACAUUUGCUGCGGACUUGAAUUGAGAGCUCCACAUCUGCAACAUUAAACCUACCCCAAGAACUUCCAACUUCCAGACCAACAUCCAGAUCAGCAACUAUUCGCAGAGAAACGACAAUACAUAAUAGACUACCCGAGACAGUACACCUCAAUACAGGAACCCAGAUCGCAUGCCCUAAAGUACACGAACGCAUCAGCCAGACAAGAGCAAUGUCAAACCUCCAGCCCGUAAAGGGCAGUAGUAAAGACCAACCGGGCCUACGGUACCCGACGAGCGGCAAGACAAUCUACCACCGACCGCUAAACCGCACCAAAGCCGCCGAACUCAGCGGCUCCAGCUUCGCCUAUCUUUUCUCCGAGAUGGUAGGCUACGCCUCGAAGAAGAUAGAGAGCAUACAAGACUUAGAAAAGCGACUCAACGCCCAAGGCCACCCCAUCGGCCUCAAGCUGCUCGACCUCCUCCUAUACCGCGAACCGCCGCGCUCGCAGACGCGGCCGCUAAACAUCAUCACGCUCCUGCACUUCAUCAAGAUCAACGUGUGGCAGCACCUAUUCGGGCGAGCAGCCGACGGCCUGGAGAAGUCGUCGGAUCCGUCCAAGCCCGACGAGUACAUGAUCAUCGACAACGAGCCGCUGGUUAAUCGCUACAUCAGCGUGCCCAAGGACAUGAGCCAGCUCAACUGCGCGGCGUACGUAGCGGGCAUCGUCGAGGGCGUGUGCGAUGGCUCGGCGUUCCCGGCGCGCGUCACGGCGCACAGCGUCGGUAAGCAGGAGGAGGGCGAGAUGUGGCCAGGACGGACGGUUUUUCUGGUUAAGUUCGCGCCGGAGGUUAUGGAGAGGGAGGGGUAUUUGGGGAAAGGCUGAGGCUGGGAUGGUAUAUUUUGAGUGAAGGGGGGAAUCUAGGCGUGGUGGUUCUAGCAUUGCAACGGCGUUCGGGACGGUUUGCCAGUCGGGAAUCGAGGAUAGGGUUCAUUUUAUAUUAGGAGCAUGGUAUCACCGUGUCAGAAGAUAGGGUGCGAGUUACGAUAUCAAG